CUACUGUAGUCAAUCCUCUCUGACUUAAAACGUUGCGGGCAGAAGUCGCGGAUGACGUUUAGCCAGGAGCUUAAUAACAAACAAACACAACCCCUCAAAAUUCUAUUCUCCCAAAAAUGGGCGCAGAGUUAAAUCUCGGGGUUCGUUUAAGCUCAGGAACUUUCUCGACGAUAAAACUGAGUGACGUGGAUCUUAAAACGAGAGUUGAAGACCUCCGACUCAGUGCUGCCAAGAAAUUCGAGCUCCCGAAGGACGCAUUCGAGCUCAUUCAUUGUGGAUGCAUAUUGGAGGAUGACUCCUCCUUGGAAUCAUGUGGUCUGAAGGACGGUUCAAUGGUCCACGUUCUGAAGAAGAAGGAGGCAGAGAAGCCGGUUCCAGCUAAGGCCAUCACCGAGGGUAGUAUCCUGCAGAUCGCCAAUGCGUUUAAGGCUUUCAAUGAAAAUCCCCCUCUGAGGAAUGCUCUGCAUCGGUUGAGCAAGCGUCCAGAGGUGAUUGAAAAUAUCAUUGUAACAACUCCAGGGCUCAUCGAUGAUUCAGUGGCUGUUGCUAUGCUCCAGGAUCCAGAUCUAAUGGCUCAUUUCAAUGAUUUAGAUACUGUGCGAAGAGCUGCAGAGCUUCACCCAGUGCUGGCAGAGGCAGCUUUGCUGAUCGUAUCAGCUGUCCACGAAGAAGCUCACCGUUCAGCAGCUCAAGGCACAGGUCCAUCGACUCUGAAUGCCCCAUCAGCUGCCUACUCGUACAGCCUUGACAAUCUCAGUGAAGACGAGGAGAUGGCAGGUGAUUCCUCGCAAUCCUCAGACUCUAAUACAGCUAUCACCGCAGCUCAAUUAGCAGCAGCUCUUUCCCGAGCAAAUCCAAGGAGUGCAUUUCCCCUGUCACAUUCAUCCUCAUCGACAUCAGCUGGAAGCAAUUCAGGCCUCAUCACCACAGAGAUGUUCUCCCAGGCGAUGCAGCAGGCUUUUGCAUCAGCUCCCAGUGGUACCACCUCGAUGCCACCACCUGCCCCUGCAAUUCCUCCUUUGGUACCACAGAGUGGAGAUCUCCAGAGGCAACUCGCUCAGAUGCACGAAAUUGGGCUUCAGGAUGAUGCUGCCAACGUCAUGGCCCUCCAGUUUACAAAUGGAGAUGUCCAAGCUGCUAUCGAACUCGUCUUCAGUGGGUUCAGUGAUAACUAGUGAGAGUUUUUAUCAUUUUUAUAAGAGACAUCAAUGCGUUUAUUGUAUUUAUGAAGCUGAGUUAAAUUACACCUGUAAUAAAUUAUUGACAUUAAGUCGACGA